UUUUAAAUAGAUAAUUUUACCGAGAAAUAUUCGAAUAAAAAAUGGCUGCAGGCUGCAGAUCGGACUUGACUGGCCAGAAUUUCUCACUUAAAGCUCAACAGGUACUCGGGCAAUGCACUAGCAAGUUUUAUGGCAACUACUAUAAAAUUGUUUGGGAAGACUCUUGGGUUCCUGCUGGUGUUUUGUCGUUGGUUCCCGAUCUUAUCGAACGUUACCACAAAAACAUUGAAAAUAAGAAUGAAUCUUUGUUGCUUGCAAGUAAUCAAGAGGAAUCCAAGAAUAGUAUGUUAAAUGAACAGUCGUGCAAUUUUUAUGUUAAAUGUUCAUUUUGUAACGAAAUGAUUGCUGAUAGCCUGCUACAGCACCAUGAAAAAGAUCAUCUAACUUUUAGUAACUGUUCCAAUACUUCUUCACAUGAAGCACCUUUGAAUGUUCUUGUUGUUACUGUUGCUAAUCAAUAUCAUGUUAUGAUGAAUGAACAUUGUAGUAAUAGUUUGUCAACACCUGACUUUGUACCUCCUCUAAUGCAAAAGUUUAAUUGUAUAACACGUGAAGACUACGAUAAUCAGUUUGAAUCAAAACUGAUUAACUCUCAAGAUAAACAGCGUGUUCCUCAGUAUGAUUGUUCAACCUGUCAUAGAAAGUUUUUUUCUAAGGAAUUGUUUAGUAAACACAUUGAGCUUCAUGCUGAGUCAUUGAAGCUCAAAAGUUUACGAUCCAGCAACAGAAAAGAUUUGCGCAAUAAGUUACUUAUUGCUGAUGGAUCUUUAUGCGUCAAUAAUGUGGUUAAAAAAAACAGAUUGAACUCUGUGGAGUCUAUUGAAACCAAAGGUCUAUGUCAGAAUGACGUUUUAAAAAACGAUAAUUUGGUGUUUCAGAAAAAGCGAAGAGUAUGCGAUGAUAUCCCUCCCAUUGCUCUUCAGGCGGCUAAAAGAUAUAUUAAAACUGUUAUGCUGAGAAAAAAACAAGAACAAUAUUUAUCUGGCAGAGAUGAUUUUUUUAGCUCAGAUGAACAAGCUGCACCAAUUACAUCUGUGGUAAAUGGUCGGCAGGCGUAUGGCUGUAAGGUUUGUAAAAAAGUUUUUUAUAAUAAGUUCCAUCAUAGAGAACAUUAUAACGUUCAUAGUGGUGAAAUGCCUUAUAACUGUGAAUUUUGCUCAAAGCGAUUUCGACAAAGAUCUGGUUGGAAUCGACAUAUAAAGUUACAUCACAAAUACAAAGUAUUCUCUGGUCCAAUACCUAAUCCAGUUGUAUGUGCAACUAAAAAUCUAAAUUUACUUGAAUAUCAAAGUGAAAAUAUUUGCGAGGAAAAUAAUGAAUCUCCUAAUACACAUGUAGAAGCUAAUAAUCAGACAGAACCUUUUGUCUUAGAUAAGGAAGAAACAAGCACUAAAUUAUUAAUUCAUCCACUCACUCGUAACUUUCUAUGCGAUUUUAAUAAAAAUAAUACAGUUUCUUUUACAAAACCCGAUUUUGAUUAUUGCGGUGGGGCUGGAUGCAUUGGUUGCACCAACUGUAUUAAAUCUUACAUUGAAAAGUAUUCUUCAGGCAAAUGGACAGGUAUUAAACUAACUGUAAAUAACGAUAAAUCUAAUGAUAAACACAAAAGCAGUAAUAAUUUAAAACAAUCGAUGUCUUUAAUGGCUUCAGACUAUCGUCUCAAUACUGAAUGUGAAAAAGAUCUAAAAUUGGAAAGCGCAGAAAUUAAAAACUCGUUUAAUUCACUGUCUGGAAAAUUUUUAUAUGAAACAAGCCCGUCUAAAAUUCAAAAAAAAGGUCGUAAAUUUCGUUCUGGGCGUGAAAAAAGGUUUGAAUGUGGAAUUUGUUUUCGAAAAUUUCUUGCUAAAUCGCAUCUUAAUGAUCAUAAAAUGAUACAUACGGGUGAAUUUCCUUACAAAUGUAAGUUUUGCAAUCGACCGUUCCGCCACAAGUCUGGAAUGAACAGCCAUCACAAAAGGCAUAUCGAAAAAGGUAUUUUUAAUCGACCUAUUCGUUCAAGUGACAAAGAUCUGUUAAAUCCUUGUUUACAGGUAGAGAAUUCCGAAAAUGAUUUAGAAACAAUCAAGCAAAAGUCAAAACAGAAAAGAAAGACAAGAGUUCCAAAACAAGUAAAACAAGCAGACGAAGAAACUAACUCAUUUAUUUCUACCGCUGAUCAAUCAGUCUUACAAAUCAAUAAAGAUCAACGAUUUUCUUGUAAUUUUUGCAGUCGCAUUUUUCCUAUACGUACAGCGUACUUAAAACAUAUGAACAAUUCGCAUAAAAGCACGGCAUUAUUUUCAUCGCAAUCAAAUAUUUUAAAUGAAACAACCAAUAAAAAUAUUCAGGACAAAAUAGCUGAUGCAAAUGCAAACUGUUUUUACAGUGCAAUAGACAUAAAACAGGAAUUAGAUGCGGACGCUUAAAUUGACAAUUGUUUUUCAUUCAUCUUUAAAUUUAACGACAUAACGUUAAAACUGAAUGAAUUGCCUGACUAAUCAAAAUUAAAUCAACUGGCUAAUCAAGAAUUAAUCAACUCGCUAUUCAAGAGUAGAUCAACUGACUAAUCAAGACUGAAACUUAGGAUUGGAUAAGUGAAGUACAACUUUAUAAAAAAGUACAUAACUUUUACUAAUUACGUGUUUUUAUAAAUGAGCUGUUUUGUGUUUAUAAGUUUUAUAUUUUGUGAAGGUGUUCAAAACCUAACGCCUUUUUCAUACUUUUACAAUCAUUUCGAUGUACGAUUUUUGUUGUAUAAUUACUGGUGUUUAUUCUAACAUUUACGGUUCUUUAAAGACAAGCAGUUAAACUUUGAUGGUUCCAUUUUAUACAUUUUAUAUCGAUAAAAGCAUUGUGUUAUCACCAUAGAAAUAAAAAGUUGUCUCUUUUUUUUUACUUGUAUCGUGGAUAAUAGAAUGUGUGUACUCCAUAGACGUUA